AUGGAACCUCCACAUUUUUCCAAGGAACAAAGCCCGACUUUCCUGGCUAGAAAGAGAAGAAGACUCAGCUUGAUCACAAAGAAAAACAACUCCACCAAUGUUAAUUCCUCCCAAUCCCCUCAUCAGCAUCUCACACCCAUUCCAAAUUCCGUGACAUUUGAAAAUACUGUCAAUACACCUCCUACAUCAACCCAACACCAAUGUCCUAUUUCAACUAACCAUCGAAUGACCAACAUCCUUCCUAUUCACCUUGCCAAUAAGGAAAAUGUUUACCCUUAUUUCAGAAAAAACCCAACAACUACUCCCAUUCCAACUACGCCUUCCAUGGAAUAUACACCUUUUCCCACAACUACAUCAAAAUCGUCUCACCCAGCUUCUUCAAGUCGUCCUCUGAAAAGAAAUAACACUCUUAAGACACCCUGCUUUACUCUUCCACUUAGACAAAAUCUUAUUAACAGCUUCAAUCAAACCAUUCUUCCUCAUAAACCAAUUGUUAAUGCACCUUUCAACCUUCAGACAACAUCCCAAACUAUUUUGUCCCAGAGCCCACAUUAUGCUUUUUAUACAAAUUUGGGUUCUAUUGAUUACUCAAAUGAUGAUACCUGCAGCCAAACUGAUUCGGACAACGCUAUGGAGCCCAAUUCGGAUUCAGAUGAAGAUCAAACUGAAGUUCCUAUACCGAAUUCCCAUGAUGAAGUAUACUCUGAUAUUGGAGAUCCUGUAUGGGAGUGCACACACUGUGGUGCCUAUAUGUGGUAUCAGGAGCGUAAAGGGAACUCAAGACAUACAACUAUACCAAAGUUCAGUUUAUGUUGUAAGGGAGGAAAAAUUGUUGCACCAUUAUUGGUAACACCACCACCACUUCUUAACACUCUUCUGUUCGAUCCCAAUUUGAAAGAUGCAAAUAAUUUCCAAAACAACAUACGAACCUACAAUGCAAUGUUUUCGUUUACAUCCCCUGGAAUGAAGUUUGACACUUCCAUCAACGAAGGCGGAGGUCCUCCAACAUUACGACUGCACGGACAAACAUGCCACAGAAUCGGAAGUUUGCUUCCUGAACAAGGACAAAUACCAAAAUAUGCUCAACUAUAUAUUUUUGAUACGGACAAUGAAGUUAACAACAUAAUCAAAUGUUUCAAGGACAGCAAAAAUGUGGACAGGUCUAUUGUAACUAAGUUAAAGUUGAUGUUAGAUGAAUAUAAUCCCCAUGCCAAAGCUUUUAGAAUGGCAAGGGAUAUGAUGAAACAAACAGGUUUUCAAGAUCUUAAACUGAAACUUAUUUCGGAAAGAUCUUCCGACGGUCGUGUCUAUAACCAUCCAACUGUGUCGGAAGUUGCUGCUCUUAUCGUUGGUGACGUGGACACCGCAUCUAAGAGAGACAUCGUUGUUCAACAUCGUGAUGGUCAUCUACAACGGAUAGAUGAGUUUCAUUCAGCUUAUCUAUCCUAUCAAUAUCCGAUGAUAUUUCCAUACGAAGAAGAUGGAUACAGAGAUAAUAUACUACAUAAGUUUAAACAUGAAAAGCAGGUUACCAAGCAAAAUCGUCAAACUAUCAAAGAUUGGCUAUGUUUCCGAUUGCAAGAACGAAAAAAUGAGGCGAGGACACUUCUGCACUCAAGGAGACUAUUUCAACAGUUUUUAGUGGAUGGAUAUACAAUGAUGGAAUCAGAACGACUUAACUGGUUGAGAAAAAAUCAAUCCAAGCUAAGAGUUGGGAAAUAUACAAGGAUUAAUGAACAAUGUGAAAGCAGUCAGCAGCAAGCGCAUUCUAAAACUGGCAGAAGAGUUGUCUUACCAUCCUCAUUUGUAGGUAGCAAGAGAUAUAUGGAUCAAUUGUAUUUUGAUGGAAUGGCUAUUUCCAGUGCAAUUGGUUUCCCUGAUUUAUUUAUAACAUUUACCUGCAAUCCUAAAUGGCCUGAGAUUACACGUCACCUAUCCAAAAGGAAUUUAAACCCAGCUGAUCGUCCGGACAUAGUUUCAAAGGUCUUCAAAAUGAAGUUUGACGAACUUAUGGUUGACAUAACAAAGCGACAUGUUCUUGGAAAAGUGCUGGCAUACAUCUACACUAUAGAAUUCCAAAAAAGAGGAUUGCCACAUGCUCAUAUUCUCAUUUUUUUACAUCCACAAAGCAAGUACCCAACCCCACCUGAUAUUGACAACAUAAUUUCAGCGGAGAUACCGGAUCCCCAACUGCAUCCUAGGCUGUAUCAGUUAGUUAAGACACAGAUGAUGCAUGGUCCAUGUGGUCUUGCUCGACCGAAAUGUCCCUGCAUGAAAAAUGGCAGAUGUUCAAAGUUUUUCCCUAAAAAGUUCAGUGAAACUACCAUUGUUGAUCAUGAUGGUUACCCGGUUUACAAGAGAAGUUCACAAACUUUUACCGUUACUAAAAACGGUAUUACCUUGGACAACAGAUCUGUGGUUCCCUAUAAUACCAGGUUACUUCUUAAAUAUGAUGCUCACAUCAACAUGGAGUGGUGUAACCAAAGCACCUCAAUCAAAUACCUCUUCAAAUACAUUCACAAGGGUUACGACCGAAUCACUGCAUCUGUUUCGCGAUCAAGAACAUCAUGCAAUAAUGCUGAGAAGGUAAUUGAUGAGAUUAAAGAAUACCUUGAUUGUAGAUACGUAUCACCAGCUGAGGCAUGUUGGCGGCUAUUUUCUUACAAGAUUCAUGGAAGGAAACCGGCUGUUGAACGUAUGUUCUAUUAUCUUAUCGGUGAGAAGCCAUUGUACUACACUGAUUUUGAAAGGAUGGAAAAUGUUUUGGAAAAAGCAAGUAUAACUGAAUCUAUGUUUACUUCGUGGUUACUCGCAAAUGAUCGGUAUGAGGAAGCACAACAAUUGACAUAUGGGCAGUUUGUUUCUAAGUUUGUAUAUGUCAAGAAAACGCGCUCAUGGAAACCAAGGAAAAAAGGUUUUACAAUUGGAAGGCUCAUUUGGGUUCCACCAACAACCGGGGAACUCUAUUAUCUAAGGAUGAUGCUAACAGUGGUGAAAGGACCAAAAACUUAUGAAGAUAUUUGUAAGGUCGGAGACAGACAAUACGACUCAUUUAGGGACGCAUGCUUCGCAAUGGGUUUCCUGGAAGAUGAUAGAGAAUAUAUAGGUGCUAUUAAAGAGGCCAGCCACUGGGGAUCCAGACAUUUCUUGCACAAAUUAUUUGUUGUUAUGCUACUUUCUGGGACUGUCAACAGACCAGCAAAUGUAUGGAAGAAAACAUGGAUUCUGCUUUCAGAUGCUUUGGUGCUAACUGAAGAACAAACAAAGAUGUUGACGUUAAUUGAAAUCGAAAUCCUGCUGCAAGCAAAUCGCAGGAGUCUUAAAGAUUUCAAGCCUAUACCAUAUCCAGAUGAUUAUGUGCUGCAACAACUGGGAAACCGAUUGAUCUAUGAAGAGAGAAAUUAUGACAUCGAUCUUAUGAGGUCACAGUACCAUAAUCUUUUCACUGCUCUGACAGGUGGGGUAUUUUUCUUACAUGGAUACGGAGGCACUGGAAAAACUUACAUGUGGAAGACACUUGCAACUGCUAUGCGGUGUAAACAUCGAAUUGUUUUAAUAGUAGCUUCGAGUGGAAUAGCAUCAUUAUUAUUACCUGGAGGCAGAACUGCUCAUUCUAAAUUCAAAUUGCCUGUGCCCACAUUGGAAAACUCUACCUGCAAUAUUGAAUAUAAUGAUGAAUACGGACAGUUACUUGGAGAAACAGAUUUGAUCAUUUGGGAUGAGGCCCCUAUGGCAAGCAAAUAUUGUUUUGAAGCACUUGACAAGACAUUAAAGGAUGUUAUGAGUACUGAUAGAAACUCUGAGGUUAUUUUUGGUGGAAAGGUAGUAGUAUUUGGUGGAGAUUUUAGACAAAUCUUGCAUUUUAUUCCUAGGGGUAGUAGAUCCGAUAUUGUUCACGCUACUAUAAAUGUGUCUUAUAUAUGGCACUCAUGUCAGGUUUUGACUUUAACCAAAAAUAUGCGUUUGAAGGGUGGUCGGACUGAUGUGGAAACAAAAGAAAUUGAUCAGUUUUCAAAAUGGCUAUUGAAAUUGGGUGAAGGGCGACUUUGUGAGCCUAACGAUGGUCAUGCUGAAAUUGACAUUCCACGUGAUAUGUUAAUAGAACAGUUUGAUGAUCCUAUUGUUUCAAUUGUUGACAGUACCUGCCCUGCUUUUUUGGAUAACUUUAGAUCUUACGAUUACUUGAAAAGUCGGGCUAUAUUGGCAUCAACAAUUGAAGUUGUUGAACAAAUUAAUAAUCAUGUUCUAAACAUGAUGCCAG